AUGAGGGCUGUCCCGCAGAGGAUCGGCCUCGUCAACGUCUCGCGACAAGUCGUCACCAGCCCCCGGCCGCGGCGAUGCCUCCACCUCACCGCGCCCGCCGGCCUGCCGCGGAAGCGCUACUUCUUCACCUCGAACCCCUUUCUCUCCAGAAACCCGGCUGACGAGUCCAAACCGCCGCUCUCGCCGCCCCCGUCUGAAUCCGCCCUCGCCGCCGAGCAUGCGUCCACGUCAACGGCCGCCGCCCCCGCCCCCGCAAAGAGGAAGCCCCCGCGCGCCACGACGGCCAAGAACUCGUUGCGCCGCGUCGCCAUCAUCGCCCAGCAGCCCAAGCGCGACGCCGCCGCCGCCGCUGCCCACAAGCCCCAGCCCCCGUCGCCCGAGGGCUCGGAGCUGGACCCCUCGACCACCAUGAGCGCCGCCUGCGUGGCCGAGUCGUUCAACAUGCCCAUGGUGCUCGAGAUCCUGGCGUCGCACGGCUUCGCCAUCGACCCCGACCGUACCGGCUUCGACGCCGGCGAGGUGGUGCACGCAAAGGGUGUCAACGGCGGCGACAUCUUCGUCUUCCCCUCGGGCACCAUCGUCACCUGGUCGCUGCCGCCGGACGUGGUCACCAAGCAGCUGCUGCGCGCCGCCGAGGACGCCCACCCGCCGCAGCUGCGAGAGGUCGAGGACCUCGACUUCGUCGUCGAUACCAACAAGGCUGAGAGCACCAUGAAGGGCGACCUCGUCGUACUCGGCACGCGCAGGGAGCACAAGGAGGGCGACACGCUCGACACGACGCUCGCAAAGAUUGCCUUUUCCUCGGGCCUGGCGCGCAGCACAAAGCUGGCCGUGCUCGAGAGUGCGCUGACGUCGUACUUUGAAAGCACCAGGAACAUCCCCGACCUCCUCUCCCGCGGCGCCGGCGUGCCCCUCGGCCGCCGCUUCAUCCUGCAGAAGACGGGCGAGCUGCUCAGCCUCCGCGCCCGCCUCAACCACUACUCGGAGCUCACCGACUCCCUGCCCGACAUCUUCUGGGACAGCCGCGCCGAGCUCGGCCUCGAGGGCUACUACGACCAGGUCGGCCGCGCCCUCGACGUCAACGUCCGCAUCCGCACCCUCAACCAGAAGAUGGACUACGCCCAGGAGAUUGCCACGGUCCUGCGCGAAAUGUCGAGCGAGCAGCACGGCACCCGCCUCGAGCUCAUCAUCAUCCUCCUCAUCGCCGUCGAGGUCGUCUUUGAGCUGCGCCGCAUCGUCCUCGAGUGGGGCCAGGAAAAGACCACUGCAAAGGCUGUAGUAGUCGAGCAGCUCCGCCCGCCGCAGUGA